AUCCGCAACUACGGUGUCUGGGUCGGCCGACCAACGCGCUUCAUCGCGCAAUCCGCGCACCAAGACCACACCACGCCGCACAUCAACCUCUUCCUGCGCGACGGAUCCGAAGAUGCCGACGGCUUCGACCGCGAGAUCCAAGCAGCCAUCAACGUGAAAUCCACGCAAGCCGACACCCGCCUCGUCUUCUGGUUCAUCCGCGACUUCGCCCACCACCCGUUCGUCCACCACCUGGCCGACCUAGACCCGGGCUUCCACCGCAUCAAGCCGCACUCCGAUAACGACGACGGAGACGAGGAAGAAGACGAAGUUUUCAAUAGCUACCACGCCCGCAGCUACCACCACAGAUACAACCAACCCCACCACCCCACCCUCCCGGGCCUGGACUACCUGCGAACCACGCCCCAGCUCCUCGAUCUCGAAGCCGGCCGCCUCCUUCCGCAUGAUAUCCCUGGUAACGACAAUGAUAUGCUGGAUGAGCUGGAGCCCAUUCUGAAGGAUGCGAUUCACCGCCGCGCGACGGCGUAUGUGUUUGGCAGUGCGUUUGGGGGCUCUGGGGGUUGCGGCAUUCAUGAUGUGCAUAUGAAUCAGGGUAGUCGGAAGACGUAUGAGGAUGCGGUCCAUAAGGAUGGUGGGAUGGUGUUUCGGUUUGAGGAUGGCCGCUGGGAGGCCGUGUUUUUGGCGUUUGCGUCGCAGGUGGUUCCUACGGAUUAUCGGGGG